UUUUAUUUAUGUGCCGACAUUUCAUUACAACAUGAAUGUUGAACUUCCCAAUGAAAUGUUUAGGAAAUCCUUUUAAUCAUUACCUAGGCAUAUAUUUUAGAGCGUGUUGUCACGAUGGGAUUGAGACCGGGUGUCUCGGAAUGAGGUUACGUUGCUUCCUGUUUGUAACUGAAGAGCAGACUUUUCAAAGCACUGAGACAAGAGAGACGUAACUAAGGCAGAGUAAAAAUAGACUGCAGCGUAGCUCACCUCCCUGCUGAAACACGUUGGUGUCCUGAAGUCUCGUUCUACACGGCUGCAACAUGACGGCAGGUAGGAUCUUCUCAAAUUUGAUUCACAUUUACAGUAAGUUUGUUAUUGCAAAUUUUGUCUUAAUGUUGUAUAUUCUAGUAUAGCACUUACCAAACAAAACAAAUAAGCUAAAUCCUUUCUAAAGAUUAGGACACGGAACAUGAUAUGACAAACUGUGAAAUAAAAAACAGUGAGAUGAUAAUCAUGAAGCUCUUUCGAAAGUAUUAGAGGAUUCACACAUAAACACACACACACACACAUACUCUCCUGUUUGUCGAGUUUGUAGGCCCUAAGUAGUGUUAUCAUACCAUGUGGCAUGCGCUUUUAAUAUCAAAUUAUUUUUAAAUUAAGAUACAUUUACAAUGAGACUGUUUCCAGUUAAAAGAAGAACCAUUAAAUGUGUCGGUAUUGUUCAGCUGAAGUUGCUGCACUGCAUGUUUCACAAAUAUGAAUGAAUAGCAUAAUUUAACGGUUUCUCUCUGUUUUUCACCCAUUUCACAUCUAAAAGCCAGCGUUUGAAAAUCUUUUUACCUACAUCUUUGUUUGCCGCGUUGGUGUUGUGUUUGUCUUUUAGGCCUCUUGGCAGGUCUGGGGGUGUUAUCGGUCGCCUUGUUCAUCUCUAUAUGUAUCAAUGUCAUCUUGUGCCUCAAUCGAAGAACCAAUUUAUGCAGAGAGAUGCACGAGUUCUGGCUCACAUACAUUUGUAGCGCAGAAAGCCCGUCAGAAAAUAAAGGACAUUCUUUUCAUAACAUCAACGUUGAGGAGCAGCAGGAAGAUCAUUGGCUAGAGGAAAAUCCAAUUUAUGGCAACAUCAACUCAGACAGAAGAGAUUCUGUGGAAGCUUGCCAUGAGAUAAUGACCAUGCAACACGCAGGAGAUCACGCGAAGAGGUCUUCCCAGGCCGACCUUAAUUACGCCUCGCUGGACCUGAAGAUGGCGAAGAAACGCGGGAAGAAGAAUCGCCACCAGCAAAGCCCGACUCAGCGCCGCAGCAAACUUCAAGAUGAGCCGCCGGCGCAGCUCACGCCGCCUGCGAGUGCUUUCUUGGAGGUAGAAGCAGACGUGGAUGCUCACCUGCCUCCCAGAGACACCAUGCUUUCGCACAGUAGCAUCUACCUGAACAGUCAGCAGAUCGCCCAAGAGACGGAGGACAGGGAAAGGGAUUGUGAGGCAAUUAGAAAGAGGGAGGACGGGCGCAGUGCACAGCGGAAUGGAGAACAAGGCGGUAGCAGGAUUGUGUGCACACAGCGGACAGAGCUGGAGGCCUUUCAGAGCGGCAGGUCGUUUCAUAAGUAGCUUCAGCCACGAAAUCGACAGGAAUCGUGUCGUAAGACUCAUGAAAGGGACAAAGGUAAAUCUCUGUUGCUGCGUUUGCAUUGAUGACCUUCAAUACACAACCGGCUUUGCGCAAUUUCGUUUUUGAUGCGAACAAAACUGCCACUCGAACUCUUAGUGUUGAGCGUCUUAGGAACAAAAAGGUGCGCCUCUGUGCGCAGAGGAUGUAAUACACGUAGAGGAUACAAAGAGAAAGGAAACAGGGUGACAUUUAGAGGUCAAAUGCCACGCGGAAAUUUGCCAUUUCUUGCAAAAGACAAGGAAAACAUUAUCACAGGACACGACAGGUCUUUUUUUGAUGUCUCACCAGCAGACGUCAACAGUAGUCUCAAGAAGCAGGAAGGGGGAAAAAAUCAUCCAUUUAUUUUCCAUCCUGUAGGAAACUUUAGUGAGCAGAUAUUGAAUAAAUGUUGCCUACGCAUAUGAGAAUCAGCCUUUCAGUUAUACAAUGACUAUAGAUAAAUAUUCAUGAGUUAAGCAUGAGAAAUGAAAUAAGUGGGAUAUGGAAUUAAUGUCAUCUCAUUUUCCCUCUCGGCCCAUUGUCGUGUAAUUGUCACCCGCAGAAGCUUUUACGCAUUUAAGUUACGAUAAUGUUCAUGAGCUUCAUAAUCUACGGCACUAUAGUGAGCUAAUGCGCCGCCUGCUAAAACUGUUAUUUCCCUAUCUGCAAUCCCCACUUGGGGAAGAUAAUUCACUGCCAUGUUAACUGCUGAGUGAGCGGAGCUCUGAAGGGAAAACCUCAUCUUUCAUAAAGACUCUCACUUUAUCGUCAUAUUAAAAUUAUAACGAGCGUGAUUUUGUCACAUGUCAGACAUGAGCAGUCGACAUAAUUGCGAGGAAUAAUUGUAUCUGUAACUACAUUAUACCGUGUGUCAUUCACCUGCAUUGCACAGGAUAUUUCCUUUGUUGCUGCGGGUAACAUAAUUAGAAUGGGUCAUUUAUUUCUUCAGAAAGGCAAAAGAACCAAUUGAGCAGAUACGGGAACAAAAAGAUUAAUUUGGACAGUUUGUGAAUGAGGCCCGCUGACUGCACAUUGCACGUCCUCUUUUACAGCAUCAGUAACUCUGCAGGAAGAAAUAACGCUCUUCAUUCGCCUAUAGCAACAGCGUUUUCUCCUUCAGCAUCCUGCAAAAAAGCGAUUGUAUCAAUGACGAUAGAUGGAGGCUCUACAGUUGAUGUUGGCAGCAUCUCCACCACUUAACCAGCUAUGCUCCUCUCAUUGUGUUCUUUUAAUGCGUGGCGCACACACUCGUGCUGUGAAGCUGCGAGUGCACUGAUUUGAAGAAGAGUUCUGCCAAGCUGACUACUCUUUGGGAAAAUCUGCAUUUCACUUUAACUUGUAACCAAGUGAAGAAUUAAAGAUAGUCCAAAAUAAAGUUGCAUGCUCAAAGCUAUCAUAUGGUUGAGGCGACAUACUGGUUAGUAAUUUAGUCAGAAAAAGAAUGAACUAAGGGUGUUCAUGCUAACUCAGAAACCACACACACGCAAACAUGCUUACACACGCACACACCGUGAGAGAAAGUACAAAGGAGCUGUGUGUGCCAGGUUUCAAAAAACAGCCGCUGAGGCCGAUCCCUCUUGUAGAGGAGCCUGACAGGAGAGCAGCGGCGGUCAAUCGACACGACUGCUUGUCAAAAAGCCCCUCUGGUAACCAGAAACACAAAGUGAAUGAGAAACAUACUACACUUGUAACAAAGGUUUCAUGGAUCCCUCGUCUCAGGUGACGUUAAGUGGUGUUUCCAUUUGAUCAUUUUUAAAGUGAGCAGAGAGGAGAAAAUGGACUCAACGUCUAUGAUCAUAUGGACACUUUUAGUGUUAUAAAUGUUGAUUUUUUAUAUUUUUCAUGUGCAUUUUUAUGGAAAUAGGUCACUCGUAAUGAUGUUUAAAGGUGUACUAUGCAGCAAUUCCUUAGAUUUUUUUUUUAAAAAGGUUCAAUUGAACACCCUCUCAGGUCGGAACAACCACUCUGAAACAACUCUGGAACAUAUUCUGAGGAAUAAAACACACACACACAUGUCCUUUGUAACAGCCACAUUGCCUUUGUAUUAGUUGGCUUAACUCGUGGACAAUCCGAGCAGCAUAGGCAGCAUUGUCUGCCCUCUCUAAAUGCCGUCAGUGUUUCAUUAUGAAUUGCUUUUAGUGUCUGUGCCCAUCAUAUUUAAUGGCUGCUUGAAAAAACGCUGCAGUGUCUUGGGCUUUUUGGCGAGCAUAAUAAAUUAUCAAUAUAAAUAUGUAUGAUGUAUGACCUUCCCUGAAAGGUUCGUUCAUAACAAAAUAAUAAUAUAAAUUAUUUGUACAAUAUAUCAAUAGCAUUUUUAGCCAUUGCAGUUUCAGCUUGAGCUGUGUAGCCUAUAGAUAAAUUAUUUUUGAUUCAUUUGAUAUAAAUUAUUCAUUUCUUGAAAAAAUACCUUGCAGAAUAAAACGUGCAUAUGUUUAAAGGAAUUCAUUUGUGUAUUUGUCUGGAAAUCUGUUAUCCAACGAGUUACUGGAGAAGUGAUGAAACAAACCUUGGUGACAACACAUAUAGUAGCUCUGUUUUUCAUACAUACAGAAUACUGAGAAACUCGUUAUUAAAAUUGGCUUUAAAAA